CCCACGAUCCUGCAUUCACUACUGUCACAAUGGGCGCCCAUAUUGUGCCUGGUGAGGUGGACACUUCCCAUUAGGUUUUUCAGUGGGGUUCACACAGCGUCCUUAAAGUGUCACUAUACCCAGGACCCUGCAUUCACUAUAUUCGCUAUCCCCGGACCCUGCAUUCACUAUAUCCACUCUCCCAGGACCCUGCAUUCACUAUAUUCACUCUCCCGGGACCCUGCAUUCACUAUAGCGCUCUCCAUGGACCCUGCAUUCACUAUAUCCGGUCUCCCCGGACCCUCCAUUCACUAUAUCCGCUCUCCCUGGACCCUGCAUUCACUAUAUCCUCUC